AAGCCCAGCCCACAGGAUAGGCCCGGCCCAAGCCCAGCCCACAGGACAGCCCAGGCCACAGGGCCGGAGAGAACGGUCCCAGCACCAGGGCCGGACACAGCGGUCCCAGUCCCACUGUGCUGGGCAAAGCCGGACAGGGCCGGAGAGAACGGUCCCAGAUCCACUCUCACAGGGCGGUGCCAGCCCCGGCGUGCGUCUAGUCGGCGGGCGACGGCAGGCUAGCGGCAGGUUGGGCGGGCGGGCGGUAAUGUAUCAGGUACCGUCUCGGCUGUGCGCCACCUUGCUCCAGCGGGAUCUUCUGCAGCUCAUGUCCGGCUCUUCGCCCGCGUUCCGGCGCAGGCCCCCGCCGCGGAAAACAGACUCUGCCCUGGGCGCCUCCGACACAGCGGCCCCUGAGGCGGCGGCGGCGGCGGCUAGCGGAGGAGGAGGAGCUGGUGUAUCCGUCAGCGCGGCGGCUGAUUUGGGUGUACAGGGUCCAAUCUCCCAAGUUCCAGAUGAGACAAAGCUUAGAGAUGUAGUGAACUGCGAAAAGGAUAGGAAUGGACUUCAAGGAGAUAGAGUUUGCUCCAUGGGAACCAGUACCAACAGGUUGUACAGUACUCUUGCUCCAACUAUCAGUGAUAAUGGUAUUCCACAGUCCCAGGAAUUUGUUGUUGAGACAGACUUGGAACCAGUUGAUCCAACAGACCCAAACGAGCUCCUUAAAGAAUGUCAAAAGGUCCUUGAAAAUCGUCCACCCAGACUUCAGCGGGAUUUUUUUUAUCUAAAGAAUAGCAGUCAAGCAGGUGACUGCCGUCCAAUCAAGGUCCUUCAGUGGAAUAUUCUUGCACAAGCUCUGGGAGAAUGGAAGGAUAACUUUAUCAAAUGUCCAAGAGAAGCUUUGAACUGGUCAGAGCGUAAAUACCUGAUCCUGGAGGAAAUUCUAACCUACUGUCCAGAUAUACUGUGUCUUCAAGAAGUGGAUCAUUACUUUGACACCUUCCAGCCAGUUCUCAGCGGUUUAGGUUAUCAUUCGACUUUCUUUCCUAAACCAUUAUCUCCUUGUUUGGAUGUCGAACAUAACAACGGACCAGAUGGAUGUGCUCUCUUUUUCCUGCGAGAGAGGUUUGAAUUGAUUGACAGUGUCUCAUUGAGACUGGUAGCCAAGUUGUUGCAGACCAAUCAAGUGGCCAUUAUCCAAACCCUCCGGUGUAUUGAAACCAGCAGAAUAUUUUGCAUUGCUGUUACACACCUGAAAGCUUGCAGUGGCUGGGAGCGGUUUCGUUCGUCACAAGGCUGUGAUCUGCUUCAAAAUCUGGAAAACAUAACAGGGGCUGGUACUCCCCUUAUUGUGUGUGGAGACUUUAAUGCAGAGCCCACUGAGGACGUUUACAAACAAUUUACAAAGUCCAGUCUCAAUCUGAACAGUGCCUAUAAACUGUUGAGUGAGGACGGGCAAUCUGAACCUCCCUUCACAACAUGGAAAAUACGGCCCUCUGGUGAGAGCUGCCAUACAUUGGAUUACAUUUGGUAUUCCCAACACGCAUUUGCUGUGAAUAGAUUACUCAACUUGCCCACAGAAGAACAGAUUGGUCCUAAUCGUUUACCAUCAUUUCAUUACCCUUCUGAUCAUUUGUCACUUAUUUGUGAAUUUAGCUUUCUUGAUCAACUGGAUUGAUGACUCCUUUUAAUUUGUUGCUGGAAGUGAUCAGUUGAAGCUUGCCAUCUUUCAAGUCCACUGCACACUCUUUGUUGAAUGAGAAUAACACGCUCAAGUGACAAACCCUGAUUAAAGUGCCAGUGAAAUG